AUGGCUGAUGAUUUCAAUGAAUACAAACGGGAAAUGGUGACUUUGUAUACUCCAUUCCGAGACGAAGAAAAUGAAAUUCUUGCAGAAACUAAAUUCACACAGAUUUACGACGACAACGAAAUGUUGAUUUUGGAGCGACAUAAAGAAUUCUCAUCGAAUUUAGAUAUCCAGAAAACCAUCGAGAUAUGCCGAAAGUUGUGUCGUGAAGAUGAAUUAAAUCAAAAUGAUGAUGCUGAAGGAGACAACGUAGGUCGCCUUUUUCCUGAAGCAAAUCCUUUUCAAGAAUUGUAUAACGCUGACCACAUAAUGAACGACGAUCUGCGGUUAGCAACACUUAACAAACUGGGUGCUAUCGCAAAGAAGAGGGAUAAUUUAAUGUCUAAUGAACAAUUUUAUGAACUAAGGAGAAUGGCCAAUCAGAGGCAGAAAGCACUCCUGAUGCAUGUGAUUGCUAAUCUCCUCUCAUCAAACCGAUCACCACUCCAAGUUUUCUUCACUGGGCCAGUAGGAUGUGGGAAGACAUUCCUCAUUAGACUCCUCAUGGAAAUUUACAACCGCUUCAUAGAUAAUGAUGGUUUUUGCAAUGCUUGCAUCGCAUUUGCAUCAACAGGAAAGGCUGCAAUAGCAAUUGAUGGUACGACAAUCCACACUGCAUUGAAAAUAUCCCUUUCCAAACUAUUACCAUUAUCAAUUGAAGUGGCUCAACAGUACAGAAUGCUAAUCAAAUACGUCCAAGUUAUACUCAUCGAUGAGGUCAGUAUGGUAGGAGCGGAAUUGCUGUCUCAAAUUGACGCACGGUUAAAACAAAUAACAGGAAAUUUUCAAGAUAAUUUUGGAGGAAUGGAUAUCAUUUUCAUAGGUGAUUUGCGUCAGUUACCUCCAGUGCGUGCUACACCCAUCUAUCAAGCAACAAAACGACGCAUAGCAGCACCAACACUUUGGCGUGACUUGAAGUUCUAUGAAUUGGAUAAAGUCAUGAGACAAGCGAAUGCUGAUUUCGCCUCUUUAUUAACUAAAAUUGGAAAUGGCGAAGAAUUGGAUCAAGAACAGAUACACCUAAUCGAAUCUCGUUUUAUACAAGAGAGGAAGCAGAUCGUCUUUGUCCACAUGGAAUUCGGCUAUAUUUGA